AUGUCUAUCUUUGGUAAUAAAUCAUGGGUAGAAAUAACAGAAGAAGAUGAAGAGAUACAAGCAUCACCUCAACUAUCAAGUAAUCAAGAUGAUGAUAAUAUUAAAAAAUUAGAAAGUUUAAUAAUCUCUGAUACUACAAAUAAUAAAAAUGAAAAUAACAAUAAUAAUAUUAAUAAUAAUAAUAAUAAUAAUAAUAAUAAUAAUAAUAAUAAUAAUAAUAAUAAUAAUAAUAAUAAUAAAAGUAAUAUUAAUAAAAAAGCAUCACCACUUAAAAAGAAUACAAUGACACCAAGAACUUCAAUUAAAUCUAAAUAUUUAGCAAAUAAAUUAAAUAAAAGAUCAACAAUUCAAAUUCCAAUUCAAAAGGGAGGUAGUACUACUGCAUCAAAUAAAAAACAAAAAGAGAAAGCAAAAAAAGAAGAAGAGGAAGUUGAGGAGGAAGGUGAAGAGGAGGAAGAGGAUGAAUAUGAUGAAUAUGAUGAAGAUAAUGACGAUUAUGAUGAGGAGGAUCAAGAACAAGAUUAUGAUGAAGAUUAUGAUGAGGAAGAAGAAGAAGAAGAGGAUACCUAUCAUACCCCUCAAAAAAGAGCAAAUAAUAGUAAUAAUAAAUUCAACAUUAAUAGUAAUAAUAGAUAUGUACAACAACACCAACACCAACAACAACAACAACAAAAUAAUUAUAACAAUAAUAAUCAAACCUCUUCACCUCAACAACAUUAUCGAACUAAAGAGGAUAUUUUCUUUAGAAAGAAUUUACUUCCAUCACCAUCACCACCACAACACCACCAACAACAACAACAACAACAACAAGGUAAAUUUACAGGUAGAGAUCUUAGAGAUUUAAUUAAUGAAGAAAAGAAAAAAAAUCCUCAAAUUCAUCAACAGAUGAAAUCGCCUCAACAUAAUAAUAACAAUAAUAGUAAUAGUAGUACACCAACUAAAGGUGAUUUAAGGGAUUUAAUUGAAAAUGAAAAAAGAAAAACACCUACAUCAUCACCACAACAACAACAAAAACAACAUCAUCAAGAAGGUGAAGAUACACCAUCUUCUCUAAUGUCUGCUAGAUUCUCAAGAUUUAAUUCACCAUCAUCAUCACCACAACCACACCAACAACAACAACAACAACAACAACAACAACAACAACAACAACAACAACAACAACAACAUAAACCACAACAAAGAUCAAAUUUAUCAACACCAAUAACAAAAAGAAGAGAUAUUGAAGAUUUAACUCCUUAUUCUUCACCAAAUCCUUCAACACCAAUUCAAAGAAAUAAUAGUAAUAACAAUAGAAAUUCACAAAAUUCACCAUCUAUAACACCAACAAGAGGACCAUUAAAAUUUAAUGUUGACUCACCUAAACAACCAAUUGUUUUUAAUAAUCAAAAUAAUCAAAAUAAUAAUAAUAAUAAUAAUAAUAAUAAUAAUAAUAAUAAUAAUAAUAAUAAUAAUAAUAAUAAUAAUAAUAAUAAUAAAAAUGUAAAAUUAACAAACGAAUCAAUUGAUUUAAAUAGUGUAAAACCAAUUAUUGGAACAUGUAAAGAUUAUGAAAAAUCAUAUCUUAGAUUAACAGGACCAGCUGAUCCAGCAAAAAUUAGAUCCAUUGAGAUUUUAGAAACUUGGUUUCCAAAAUUGAUUAGGAAAUAUCAAAAUAAUAAAAAUUUCAAUUAUGCAUUGGAUCAAUUAAAAUCCAUUAGACAAGAUUUAAUGGUACAACAUAUAAGAAAUAAAUUCACUGUCAAUGUUUAUGAGGCAAAUGCAAAAAUAUGUUUAGAGAAUUCAGAUUUCAUUGAAUUUGGUCAAUGUUUAUCACAAAUUAAAGAAUUAUAUCAUUCAAUUUCUGAUCAAUCUUGUUUAGAAAAUAAAUUUGAAUUUAUAUCUUAUGAUUUAUUAUUUAAUUUAAUUUUUAUUAAAGAUAAUGAAUUAGAAUUAAUAUCAUUAUUACCAAAAAUUUUAAAUGAUGAAAGUUUUUAUUCAAAUGAAAAUAUUAAACAUACAUUUGAAAUUAUUAAAUCAGUUUUGGAAAAUAAUUAUUGUAAAUUUAAUAAAUUAUAUUUAACGUGUUAUAAUAUGGAAAAAUACCUUUUGGAAAAGAUUUUAAAUGAUAGAUUUAGAGUCUAUUCUAUAAAUGCAAUGAUAAAAUCCUAUAAACCAUCCAUUCAUUUAAAUUUAUUGGAAAAACAAUUAUCUUUUUCAAACCAAGAACAGCUAUUAAAAUUUUUGGAUUCAAAUUACCCAAAUAAUAUAAUUGAUAUAGAAAAACAAGAAUUAAUUUGUUCAACAAAAAAAGAAAUAAAAAAAAAAAACAAAAAAAAAAAUAAUUAA